AUGUUGAUGAAUACAUCAACAGUGACUGAAUUUAUCCUGCUGGGAAUUCCCUUUUUUCCUGAUCUGCAUAGACUCUUCUUUGUCGUGGGACUCUUCAUGUACAUCGUAACCAUCGCAGGUAAUGGAAUCAUCCCCAUCUUAGUAGCCAGUGAUCGAAGGCUCCAGACACCAAUGUACAUCUUCCUGAGCAACCUUGCUUGUUUGGAGAUCUUCUAUACCACAACGGUUGUUCCUAAGAUGCUGCAGACGCUUUUAGAAUCACGGACGUCUAUUUGUUUCCAUUGCUGCAUGGCUCAGAGCUUCUUCCACUAUGUGUUUGGUGCCACGGAGCUUUUCAUCCUCACAGCGAUGUCCUUUGACCACUAUCUGGCCAUAUGCAAGCCGCUUCAAUACCCCAUGAUUAUGACCAAUCAGGUUUGCAUUCAGAUGUCCAUGGCCACCUGGUAUGGAGGAUUCAUCACAAUGAUUUUUAUAUUUGCUCCUUUUUGGUGUUUACCCUUCUGUGGCCCAAACAUCAUCGAUCAUUUCUACUGUGAUAUGGCUCCCAUCUUAAAUGUAGCUUGUGCCGAUACCAGUCUCAAUCAGUUGUUGCUGCUGGCAUGCUGUAUCCUCUUUGUUCUCAUGACCUUGAUCUUAAACACAGUUUCCUACAUCUUGAUCAUCUCCACCAUACUACGCAUUCCUUCAGCUGUGGGGCGCAAGAAGGCAUUCUCCACCUGCGCCUCUCAUUUGAUUGUGGUGUACAUAUUGUAUGGAGCCCUGCUCUUCAUAUACAUGAGGACAAACACACUUUCCUCGCCUCGCAUAACCAGGGUAGUAGCAAUUUUGAACACCACCCUCACCCCCAUGCUGAAUCCAUUCAUAUAUAUGAUAAGGAAUGCAGAGGUGAAAGCAGUUAUCAAGCACAUCAUUCCACAAACUUAUUUCAAGAAGCAGAAGCAGAAGCAGCAGAAGAAGAGUGGGGUACAUCUCCUGCAGCGGAUGAGCAUGGAGAAGAGUUGGAAGAUUUCCCUGGUGGCCUUGCUGUCUGCCCACUUGCACUGGGUAAGUGGACUGUUGACUGUGAAGCAGAGUCCCCCAUUGUUGGAGGUCUCCGAAGGGCAGAACACUACCCUCACCUGCUCGGUCUCCAUGAGCGACUUGUAUUGGUACCAGCAGCUUCCCGGUGAAAAGCCCACCAUGCUGAUGCACGUCUUCGGCAGUGGCAGAAAACACGAGGGGAAGCAUUUCAUGGGGCAGUUCUAUUCACAGAAAAGGGAAGGCUAUCUGUACAUCAUAGAUGCUCAGCUGGAACAGGGAGCCAACUAUCUCUGCGCUGAGGAGGCACAGUGA